ACGACCCCGAGGCGCCUCGCCCACGCUCGCGCUCCACCCCACCCCCUCCGCUUCCUUCCUCCUUUCGGCGCGCCGGAGAGCGAGCACGGGCUGGACGAGAACCAGGGCAAGCCUCGGGCCGUUCAACUUAGUGGUUCCCGGCCCGCUGCCCGCGCGCAAUUUGUGAGGCGUGGCCCGGCGAAGGAGGCGCUUGGGGGGCGUGGGGCUCCCCAGCUGGCGGCGGUGACGGAGAGGGUGCGCGGGACAAUGAGCUGGGCAGCUGCAAGCCGCGACCGCUUUUAGCUGGCUGAGCGGGCCCACCUGCGAGCAUGGCCCGCGUGCUCGAGCCAGGUGUCCCAACGCUUUAAGGCCGGAGCGCCCAGAUCACAGCACGCUGUGGCUGGGGCGGUGGGACGUUCCUUCAUUAAUUUAUUUAUUUGUGGAGAGCUAUCUCUGAGCAGCCGCAAUGGCCAGCACCAGGAGCAUUGAGCUGGAGCAUUUUGAAGAACGGGACAAAAGGCCGCGGGCAGGGUCGCGGAGAGGGGCUCCCAGCUCCUCCGGGGGCAGCAGCAUCUCUGGCCCCAAGGGCAAUGGGCUCAUCCCCAGCCCGGCGCACAGUGCUCACUGCAGCUUCUACCGCACGCGGACCUUGCAGGCCUUAAGCUCUGAGAAGAAGGCCAAGAAGGCACGCUUCUACCGGAAUGGGGACCGCUACUUCAAAGGCCUGGUCUUUGCCAUCUCCAACGAUCGCUUCCGUUCCUUUGAUGCGCUCCUCAUAGAGCUGACCCGCUCGCUGUCUGACAAUGUGAACCUGCCUCAGGGCGUCCGCACAAUCUACACCAUAGACGGCAGUCGGAAGGUCACCAGCUUGGACGAGCUCCUGGAAGGAGAGAGUUACGUGUGUGCCUCCAAUGAACCAUUUCGUAAAGUUGAUUACACCAAAAAUGUUAAUCCAAACUGGUCUGUGAACAUCAAAGGAGGUACAACCCGAGCCUUGGUCGUGGCCUCUGUGAAGAGCGAAGUGAAAGAAAGCAAGGACUUCAUCAAACCCAAGUUAGUGACUGUGAUUCGAAGUGGAGUGAAGCCGAGGAAGGCUGUGCGGAUCCUUCUCAAUAAAAAGACUGCCCAUUCUUUUGAGCAGGUCCUAACAGAUAUCACCGAAGCCAUUAAACUAGAUUCAGGCGUGGUCAAGAGGCUGUGCACCCUGGAUGGAAAGCAGGUUACUUGUCUGCAAGACUUUUUUGGUGAUGAUGAUGUUUUUAUUGCAUGUGGACCUGAAAAAUACCGUUAUGCCCAAGAUGACUUUGUCCUGGAUCAUAGCGAAUGCCGUGUCCUGAAGUCAUCUUAUUCUCGAGUCUCAGCUGCUAAGUAUUCUGGAUCCAAAAGCCCAGGGCCCUCUCGCCGCAGCAAGUCACCAGCUUCAGUAAAGAGGGCUGGCCACUCCAGUGCCUAUUCUACAGCCAAAUCCCCAGUUAAUGGAACUCCCAGCAGCCAGCUUUCUACUCCCAAGUCCACGAAGUCCUCCAGUUCCUCUCCAACCAGCCCAGGAAGUUUCAGAGGAUUGAAGAUUUCUGCUCAGGGCAGAUCAUCUUCCAAUGUGAACGGUGGACCUGAACUUGAACGCUGCAUAAGCCCUGAAGGUGUGAAUGGGAACAGGUGCUCUGAGUCCUUCACCCUUCUGGAGAAAUACAGAAUCGGGAAGGUCAUUGGUGAUGGCAACUUUGCAGUAGUUAAAGAGUGUAUGGACAGGUCCACUGGAAAAGAGUUUGCUUUAAAGAUCAUAGACAAGGCCAAAUGCUGUGGAAAGGAACAUCUGAUUGAGAAUGAAGUGUCAAUACUGCGCCGAGUGAAACACCCCAACAUCAUCAUGUUGGUCGAGGAGAUGGAAACGCCAACUGAGCUCUUUCUAGUGAUGGAACUCGUCAAAGGUGGAGAUCUCUUUGAUGCAAUUACUUCUUCAACCAAGUACACAGAGAGAGAUGGCAGUGCCAUGGUGUACAACCUGGCCAAUGCCCUCAGGUACCUGCAUGGCCUCAGCAUUGUACACAGAGACAUCAAGCCUGAGAACCUUCUGGUGUGCGAAUAUCCGGAUGGGACCAAGUCUUUGAAACUGGGAGACUUUGGACUGGCAACAGUGGUUGAAGGCCCUUUGUACACAGUCUGCGGCACACCAACUUACGUGGCCCCAGAAAUCAUUGCUGAAACAGGUUAUGGCCUGAAGGUGGAUGUUUGGGCAGCUGGCGUGAUUACAUACAUACUUCUCUGUGGAUUCCCACCAUUCCGGAGUGAGAACAACCUCCAGGAAGAUCUCUUCGACCAGAUCUUGGCUGGGAAACUCGAGUUUCCAGCCCCCUACUGGGACAACAUUACAGAUUCUGCCAAGGAAUUAAUUAGUCAAAUGCUUCAGGUAAAUGUUGAAGCUCGCUGCACUGCAGGAGAAAUUCUGAGUCACCCCUGGGUGUCUGAUGACGCAUCCCAGGAGAAUAAUAUGCAAGCUGAGGUUACAGGUAAACUAAAACAGCACUUUAAUAAUGCGCUCCCCAAACAGAACAGCACCACCACGGGGGUCUCUGUUAUCAUGAACACGGCUCUAGAUAAAGAGGGGCAGAUUUUCUGCAGCAAGCACUGUCAAGACAGCAGCAGACCCGCGAGGGAGCAGAGCUCGCCAGUCCCUUCCUCAGGCCAGGAGGCCCCUCCCCCACCGGAGUCUCCCAAGCCCUCUCGUCCCCCAGCCACCUCUGGCUGUGAUCUGGCAGGGACCUGGCGCCGCCACCGAGACUGAACUCUGUGUAGACAGGCCCACGCUGCGCUCUUCCACCAGGCCUCACCGGCUCCUUUCUGAAAGAGCCUGUCUCUCCUGACUGCUGCUUUGACAGAUUGCUGGCAUGUUCUGUCACUAGCCAGGAACAGGACUGGGGCAUCGGGAGCCAGUAUUCAGCAUGGUCUCAUUUACUUGGGGCUCUGCCCGAUCGAGUUCCUGGCCAUGUCGAGCCAUGUCAGUUUUGGAGACAUAUUUAAAAUGAGCGACUUAUGUUGUAAUAGGAGCGGGCCGCAACAGACUUAUUUUAAAUCAUCCAUGUUUCUAGUUGAGUAGACAGUUGGCUGCUUUACCCAGCAAAUGUGCAACUUUUAUCUGGAAUUACAUUCUUUUUAUAGAAAUUCACUGGAUGAACGAAGAUUCUCCUAUUGAAGGAUUCUCCAAGCGCUCCCUCCUCGGGGACACAGCUGUGGUUGUUUGUGUCCUGUGAGAGGCAACAUGGCCUCUUCCUCUUCAUUAGGGGGCCUGAGGCUCCCGGCUUCUGAACAGAAGAAAUGAGUACCCGAGAGGCACUCCUGACUUAGGGAAUGCACUCUGAUGCCCCAGAAAGCAGCUCCCCUCUGACUGGGGUGAAGGGCUUACAGACCUACAUGCCCUCAGUUUCCCCUAACUUUCCCUAUGUGUACUAAGAAAUACUCAUGAAGGUGGCCUGUGGCUUUUCAGUGGGAUGUGCGGCAGCUCUUGGCAGAGCAGGAUCAGCUCGGCUGCAUCAUCGCUGGGGCUUCCUCCGCCUCUGAGAGCAAGAGCAGCAGAAUGCCAGGCAGGUCUGCUGAGACCCAGCGGGGACUGGGGUGCAUGGUGCUCCUUGAAUGUCCUGUGACCAACCCUCCGGAAGGCUGCUGGCAGUUUUUCCUUUUUUCCAUCGCCCUACUCUUUUUAAUAAUUGUAUAUAACUGUGUAUUUGUUUUACCUGCUUGUCUUCUAAAUGGGUGGGCCCUACAGUUCACUCUUGUUGUUAUUCUCCAAGUCUCCCCAACCUGCAAUAAAUCCUUCCCUCUUCGGAAA